UCCAUUUCGACGACAGAACAAUAAGCGAUCCGCAGGGAGAGAUUUUACAUACAGAUGGUACUCAUCGGUCCAUGCCUGACGAAAUUUUCAUCUAGAAAUAGAAAUAAUUCAACAGGCAGCAUCGUGGUGGGUAUAUACUAACUAAUUGCCCCAUCAACGACUUCGAAAUAUGCUCGAGGGCCUAUGUAGUUUAUGAGGUAGUCUUCAGCAAAUGUGGAGCAUCCUACAGAGUGAACAACUCCAGAAAACUGCAUUUUCUAACCAAGGAACAUAUGAGCAUAGAAACAUCGAUCAUAAAACACCUACGGGAGUAUCAGACCCAGGAUUUUACGAUAACCAUCAGAAUCAGCCAUUCAGCGGAAUAGGGACCAUCUCAGAAUCAUGGCGGCCCUCCUUACCAACAAAAAGGGACCAGCUACAAAUAACAGAAAAAAAGCUACGUGAAGGAGACUAGUGGCAAUAGCACCACCAGUUUGUGCGUUUCGAUCCCUCACUUGUCCACAUGUCCUGAAGAAGGUGUUAUAACCCCGAAAUAUUGAAAUAUGAGCUUCGAAAGAAUUUGUUUAUAACUUGAUAAUUUCAAAGCUUUCAUAUCGAGUAUCAUGGAUGAUGGAAUACUUCAGCCAGCCUAUAUUGUCGGAAACACCCCAGAACUUCUACGGGAAUAUAUAAAGUUACGUAAUGCACUUACUUCAACUUACGAUGAAUGGGAAGCUGACUCCCCAACAGCAAAAUCCGCUAAACUAAAUGUAUCAAACUGUCAGGGAGUUGGACGCAACUUAAUGCGGAUGGGUGACGAAUUGGACGGAAAAUAUCGUGACAAUACCAACAGCGUUGUUCGUGAAUACGAAUCUAGAUUGAUUGAAUAUGAUAAUUUCAAAAAGGCUGCCAAGAAACUGUUAUCAAACAUUACAGAACGAAGUCUACAGCUAGUUGCAGUAUUUGAAAUCUGUCGACGAUAUACAUCUGCUUACCCUUCAUUCAGUAGUGACAAUAUAGUUGAACAGCAUGCUGUUACAUACAUUCAUGAUAAUUUCACUUCAAAUGGUGACUGGACACCAGAGAAGAAUUAAGUAAAUACGACAGACUUCAACGAUGAGACAGAUAAGCUGACUGAAAGACCGAAUGAAGAAAGUUCUAGAGAAGAAAACCGAAGAGAUGGUACCUCACCGACUAUUGUUGAGAACAGUGAUAUCUACGACCCACAAGGAUUUGCCUCCUUCAAGUGGUUGUGACAAGUUCUUUUUCUUACAAAAGAACUCAGACAAAGGACGUCCAAUAAGCAUGGUUGUUCAUUGUAACAGGCAGAUUUCCCAAUGUUAUACCAGUUAUAUUGCACCUGUUCAUCGAUGUAGGUCAAAUGAGGGGUUUUCGUCAUGAGUAGUCUUCCAUAACAACAACUGAUGAACCACAUGUGAUAAGACAAAAGGGUCAAAGGUCGUUCCCAAGACAGAAGAUCAGAAGACCGGUUUCCGGAUUCUUUGGCGUAAAUAUUCCCCACUUCCUGGACGAGAAUCCGGUCAAUUUCAAAUUACUCGUUUUCGCCAGCUGAGUGGAGUGAAGCAACGUAAAAUGAAGUGUUUUGCUCAAGAACACAACCCAUCGCCCAGUCUAGGAAUCGAACCGCAGUCAUACGAUCAUGAGUCCAACACCUUAACCACUAAGCAAUUUACCUCCACUGUGAUAAUAACAGAAGGGAAAACAUUUCCACUUUUGUGCUGGGUGUAGAGUCGACUUUUCCUCUGGGGUCCUUCACUAUAAAAAACUAUUAGUGGGUCCUUAAUUCACUUAAAGUAAUUUUUAAAAUAUUUGGUGAGGUUACUUUAUACAGAGACACCAUCCCAUUGGAUUAACCAUAGUUAAGUUAGCAUUCAUAUAUUUAAUAUAAUGAGUAUCAAAAUUUUAAUUAGAAAUGAUUAUGUGGCGAGGGACAAAAACAACAUAAACUUACAACCUUCUACUUGUAUUUACUGAUAACCUCGUUACUACUACAUGUACAGUGUAAAAUAUUCCUCGCUGGAGAGGGCUGAUAACACCGAAACAUACUGGUAGUAGUCUCCUGUAGAUGACAAAAGGGUGAAUAUAAUACUACGUUACGAAAUAAUGUCCCUACUCAACCAUAUAAAUUUUUUUAUUAGAUUUCUGAUACUAUAUCAACAAUUGUUUUCUCAUGUAGAUGACGUGUUUAAAAAUUAACGUUUGUGAUUUCAUUUCUUUAAAUAAGGUAAAUUUCCACAUUUUCACAAAUAUAUUAUAUACUUCGUGAUUCUAGCAUCAUUAUUUCUGUAAGAAUGGCGUCUAAGUUUGGCGGUGGAACAUCAGUCCAGAGUUGCCUCUCUUAUCUACAAAAACUGUUAUUGACAACAAACAAAUUUUAUCCAGAAUUUUUUUUUUUUUCAAAGUGAUCAAUGAAAGCAUUAUAAUGAUUAAAAUUAAUUAUAUUAUAAUAAUCAUAAAUUAUUGUAAAUAAUUAUAUAAUAAGUAUAAAUAUUAAUAGUUUUGAUUCCAACUGUGUUAUCUAAAAUCUUCAUUUGACAGAGGUAUUAUCUGAAAUAUCCAUUUGACGCAAAUAAACCAUUAUCGCUGCCAAAUCUUAAA